UGAAGCUAUUUUUAUUAGAUUUUGACAAACCUGCUAAAAGAAAUUACCUGAUAAAGUUACCAAACAACCCUCAUAGGCCAUAGAAGAUCAGACAACCAAGUAACCUCCCUCCAAACUCCGACACCCUUUUUCAUUUUAUCGACCAUUCGAUCGAUCAAUAAUUCAAUCAAAACCAAACUCGACGAUGGGGACGGCGGGUGGGAGCGACGUGGAGGCGGGGUUCGCCAAGCUACAAGGCGAAGACUUCGAAUACUAUAUGCAAACUUACUCGAUAAUGCUCGGCCGCAACUCCAAGAAAUCCACAGUCGACGUCGACUUAGCCAGCCUCGGAGGCGGCAUGAACAUUUCGCGCCACCACGCCCGCAUCUUCUACGACUUCACGCGUCGCCGUUUCGCGCUUGAAGUCCUCGGCAAAAACGGCUGCCUCGUCGAAGGCGUACUCCACCUUCCUGGUAAUCCUCCCGUCAAGCUCGAUUCCCAGGACCUCCUCCAAAUCGGCGACAAAGAAUUUUACUUUCUUCUCCCCGUGAGGAGCAUUCUCGGGGGAGCCCUCGCGCCUAGGCACCAUGUUUCAAUUUACCAGACAGUAGGGGCUGGGGCCGCGGCUGGAGGGAUGCCGCAUCAUGGUUACCAUGGCGGAAUGGAGGCGGGGAGAACAGUGGGGUCUGUGUCUGGUUCUGCUGUGGUGGCAGCGGGAGCUAAGAAAGGGAAGGGAAGAGAGUAUUAUGAGGAGGAGUAUGGGGAGGAAGAGGAUGUUGGGAGUGGUGGGAAGAAGGUUAGGAGGGAAGAGUGGUAUAGUGGGGUGGAAGCCGGGUCAGGAGGAAAGACGGGUUUGGCGGGAGGAUUAGUUCCUGGAGAGAAGAAGGGAGAGGGAAGAUCAAGAGUUGACCGUGAAUCUGAUAAUCAACAACUUAUGCAGUUGGAAGAAAAGGAUGUGGUGUCAUCUGUAGCUACUGUGCUUUCUGAUCUUUGUGGUCCUGGAGAAUGGAUGGCCAUGGAGAAACUUCAUGCUGAGCUGGUUGAACAGUUUAGUAAUAUCUGGCAUCACAGCCGAGUUAGAAGGUAUCUUUCAUCUGAGGACUGGCCUGGUCCUGAAUCCAAGGGGAAACCAUGGUAUGGUCUGCUUAUGUUGUUAAGAAAAUACCCUGAACACUUUGUUAUCAACACAAGAUCCAAGGGCCGGAUAACCCUGGAGUUCGUCUCUCUUGUAUCUUUGCUUACAUAGAAUAAUGGUCACAAAGCAUCCAAAAGGCACUUCCCUUGUAUGUUCAUCUUACUUGUCUUGUUGGGGAAUUCAAAGAAGUUGCAGAGUGUAGAAAAUGAUGCUAAUGUUCUUAAUCUGGAGAGCCACCCACUUUGAGCUCUGAACUGACUUAUUGCGUAUAUGUAGCUGGAUGGCAGACUUAAAGAUUUAUUGCUGUCAUCUGUUUUUUUUUUUUUUAAUGAACCCCCUGUACAUUUUAUGCUGGCAAUAAAACUUUCCUUCCACGAAAGGAUGCUUGUUAAAUAUUGUACUGUUUUAUAACUAGUAUGCUGGUAGUCACAUCCAUUUGAGAUUUGCUAUAUGAACUCUCUUGGUGGCUUGGUUGAUAAGAAUCUAUAGCUUAGAUUAUUAUAAUGAUACUAGCAGUUUUUAGAAGGUUACCGCUGCACAUGAGAUCCAUGUUGGAUCAUAGAGAUGCAAAUCCCUUAUCCUAGGGGAAAGUCUGCGUCAAGCACUCUGGAACUUGUCUGCAUUGGGUGCCUGUAGCAGAUAAUAGGGACCAUAACGAAAAUGCAAAGUACUUGGGAUAGUAAACAGUUAGUGGGGUCAGCUAAAGCC